AUGCUUAAUACCUUAGAUGGUGUUCGGGAUGAAACAGGUGCAAGCCUUACUUCUUGGGAAAUUUGGACCAGGGCAUGGACUGCUGAAGAGAACAGGCAUGGUGACCUUCUCAACAAGUACCUCUACUUGUCUGGGAGAGUAGAUAUGAAGCAAAUUGAGAAGACAAUUCAGUAUCUGUUUGGAUCAGGAAUGGGUGCAUGGCAACCAUCUUUGAACAUUUCAACUGUGCUAAUAAGUAUUGGGUUGUUACUAAGUGAACCCAACCCUGAUGAUGGCCUUAUGUGUGAGGCAAGCAGGGAAUACAAAUCCAACCGGCAAGCUUUUGACCAAAAGGCACGAUCUAUGACUGAGAAAUAUGCCAAGGCUGGAGUCAAUGGGGACACUAGUGGGUUACAAUAUCAGAAUGCUUCAAGCUCGAAAUAG